AAUGACGGACGAGGUUCGUAUUGUUUUGCGUCUUGCUUUUCUAUCUCGUGUUUUGAUCUUAUUUCUUCAGGUCAUUUUCAACUUCCUUGUUAACGAUUACGAUUCUUCUUCAACCAUCGUUCGAAACACCACCAAAUCUCUUGACAAAGCCGUGAUAUUUAUCUUUGAUGGCUUCCAGAAAUGGGAUUCUGUCUACUUCCUCCAGAUUGCUAAAGAUGGCUACCAAUACGAACAGUACAUGGCUUUCUUUCCCCUCUAUCCAUGGCUUGUCAGAGCUAUAUCUCUUCCGAUCCAUAUGGUCCUUGGAAAAUUCAUAAGUAUUGGUAGUAUUCUGUUAGUUGUUGGCUGGAUGGUUUCCUGUGCCUGCUUCUCUUUAGCUGCUGUAUUCUUGUACAAGUUGAGUCUACAAGUCAUGAAGGAUAAAUGUCUUGCAUUCAACAGUAGUGUUCUAUUCUGCAUCAAUCCUGCAAAUGUCUUCAUGUCUUCAGUGUACACUGAAAGUGUUUUUGCUUGCUGUUUGUUUUCUGGCCUCUACUGCCUGGAGAAAUCCAACAGUGUUAUGAACAUUCUUGCAUCUUCCCUAGUAUUGUGUCUAGGAAGUGCAUCAAGGUCUAACGGCAUCGUAUCAUGUGGGUUUGUUCUGCAUAAGCUUUUAAAAACAUUGAUGAGUGAUAUAUUUACACAAGUCACUCCAAUCCCUAGAUUACGUCCGACAUGGAAAUCAGCAGUCUAUGCACUCUUGAUCACAAUGUUUAAAGUUAUAGUAUCCAUGGUGAUAAUUCUGUUACCAUUGGUGGCAUUCCAGCUAUAUGGAUAUUUUUUGUUCUGCUUGAAAACUGGACCUUCAACCCCUCCCUGGUGUUCCUGGAAAUUACCAUUAUCAUAUUCAUAUAUCCAAAAUCAUUAUUGGAAUGUUGGGUUUCUGAAAUACUUUGAGGUGAAGCAAAUCCCAAAUUUUAUUCUUGCAUUGCCAAUGGUGGUAUUAAGUCUAAUGGCUGUGUGGGAGUUUAUCGGUGAUAACAGCAAUAGAUUGACUGUGAAAACCCUUGGUCUUUGGCAACCAACAAACAACAAGUCAUCAACUGAGUCAAGAAGGGGAUUCCAUUCUGCAGAUGUUUUUGUCUACAUUGCUCACCUGAUUUUUCUAACACUUUUUGGACUAACUUCUAUUCAUGUUCAGGUGCUGACACGAUUGAUUGCUUCAUCUUCUCCUUUCAUUUAUUGGUAUACAUCUCACUUCAUUGUUAACAAACCUUCCAUGGAGGCCCAAGUAUCAUAUACAAAGGAUUCCUUGGUGCUGGGGUAUUUUGUCACAUACACAUGUAUUGGCGUAGUACUACAUUGUAAUUUCUACCCUUGGACUUGAAAAAGGUUUAACAAAUGAGAAAGAUAGAUCAAGUGCCCGGUUAAUGGUCUAACUUCAAUGAUAAGGACUUAUGAAUCUAGUAAAUACUGUUUUGCAGACUGUUUACCUGGUUGGAAAUGAAGAAGUUUGGGGCUUAGGAGAGAGUAAAAAAUAAAGAAAUAGUAAAUGAAUAUUUUAUUUUACAUUGUGAUA